AUGCCGGCCCGCAUUCACAAGUCCCCCUUCCGGGACCUCAACCUCGUCCAAGACGACCUCCUCUCCUUCCUCCUCUCCAACUCGCGCAACCACCCCGCGGACAAGCCCCUCUUCGUGGACGCCAUCUCCGGAGAAAGCUACACCUACGCCGAGACGAUACGGCGCACCAAGUCUCUCGCCCAUGGCCUACGCCAGCUCGGCGUGAAGCCCGGCGACAUCGUCGGCGUCCUCCACCAACUCACCGUCAGCGGCGCCCAGUACAUCAUCGCGCACGAAACCCUCAUCGACACCGCCCGGACCGCGGCCGCCAAGGGCACCAAGUUGCGCCACAUCCUGCGGGAUCGCCUCGCCACCACGUGUCCCUCCACGGAACCUCUCGUCUCCGUACCCAAGGAGCGUCUGGCCACCCAGCCGGCCUUCAUCUGCUUCUCGUCCGGCACGACAGGCGCGGCCAAGGGCGUCGAAAUCUCCCACAACAACGUCACGGCCAACAUCCAGCAAUGGCAGGAGCUCUACUACUCCGAGGUCGCCCCCAGCCCCACGGCCGUCGCCUUCCUCCCCUUUAGCCACAUCUACGCCAUCAACGCCAUCAUCUGCGGCGGCCUCUACCGCGGCACCACCAUGGUCGUGCUGCCCCGCUUCGACCUCGACGUCUACCUCCGCAGCAUCCAAAACUACAAGCCCGACGAGCUGCACCUCCGUGCGCCGCAUCAUGUCGGCUGCGGCGCCCUGAGCGCCGAGCUCGGCGACGCCGUGGAGAAGCGCUUCAAGGACGCCUACGGCACCACGGUGCACUGCCACCAGGGCUGGGGCCUGACGGAGACGAGCCCCGCCGUCACCGGUAUCCACACCAGCCACUGGCACAUGCGGAGGACCGUCGGCUGCGUCGGCCCCAACAUGGAGAUCCGCCUCGUCGACAACGACACGGGCGAGGACGUCACGGACUGGGCGCAGCAGGGCGAGGUGUGGGUGCGGGGCCCUAACGUCGUCAUCGGCUACUACGGCAACGAGGAAGCCACUAAGGAGUCGUUCCACGUCGACGAGGAGGGCAGGCGGUGGUUCAAGACGGGCGACAUCGCCACCAUUGACGCCGACGGCUUCGUCGUCAUCCGCGACCGCAUCAAGGAGAUGAUCAAGUACAAGGGUCUGCAGGUUAUCCCCAGCGAGCUCGAGGGCAAGCUCCUGCAGCACCCCACGUCGAGGACUGCGGCGUCACCUCGCUCGGACGCUACUCCCAAGUCCGUCGUGGACGGCAUCCACGCUUGGCUUAACGAGCGCGUGGCCAACCACAAGAAGCUCCGCGGUGGCAUCCGCGUCGUGGACGCCAUCCCCAAGAGCCCUAGCGGCAAGAUCUUGAGGAGGGUGCUCAAGGACUCGCUCAAGGCCAAGCCCACGGCCUCCAAGUUGUAG